AUGGAUGUUAAAGAAGGAAGCAAUCCCGUAAUUAGAUAUACAAAAAAAUCAGUAGCGGAAGACAAACUGAAAAAAAAAAAAAAGAACUGGUACAGAUAUUAUGGAAAGGGAAAUGGUGCAUGUUAUGAUUUCAAAAAUGGGAAAGGUAAAAGGAAGGGGAAACUUGGACAAUUGGUGUGUUCAUCAUAUGUAGAUCGGAUAAUAGAUGUCGAUGAGGCGGUUAAAGAUGAUGAAAACGUUGUAGCUCAAAACAUAAUAACAUGGGGGAAAGACAAAGGAGAAUUUAUAUGGGAAACUGUUGAUGGUCAUGGAAUGCAUUUAGAAGUUACACAGGCUUCUUACUCUAGGAUGUACUUGACAUGCGAUACGAUUACAGAUUGCAUGGUUGAUGAAGCUGUAGAUGAGGAGCUAAGGUUUUCAUACCAAUUGUUGUUGAUGAAAGUUACUACCUAG